AUGCCUGCGAAGAAAGUCUGCAUCGUUGGCUCUGGAAACUGGGGCUCAGCCAUCGCCAAAAUCAUCGGCCACAAUGUGAAGGGCUCCAACCGCUUCGACCCGAUGGUCAGCAUGUGGGUGUACGAGGAGAUGAUCGAGGGCCGAAAGCUCACCGACAUCAUCAACACAGAGCACGAGAACGUCAAGUACCUGCCCGGCCACAAACUGCCGCGCAACGUGGUGGCGGAGGCCGACAUCACGGAGGCGGUGAAGGGAGCCGCCAUCCUGGUCUUCGUCAUCCCACAUCAGUUCAUCAGCAAACUGUGCGACCAGAUCAAGCCCCACAUCGACCCAGGAUCAACCAUUGGGAUAUCGCUCAUAAAGGGAAUAGACGAAGGGCCGGCCGGACUCAGACUCAUCUCCGACAUCAUUCGUGAGAAGCUGGACAUAGACGUGAGUGUUCUGAUGGGAGCCAACAUCGCCAGUGAGGUGGCAGAGGAGAAGUUCUGUGAGACCACCAUCGGGUCCAAGAACCUGCUCAGUGGAGUGAUCUUCAAAGAGCUGUUCCAGACGCCAAACUUCAGGAUCGCCGUGAUAAACGAGUGCGACACGGUGGAGCUCUGCGGCGCGCUCAAGAACAUCGUGGCCGUGGGGGCGGGCUUCUGCGACGGCCUGGGCUUUGGCGACAACACCAAAGCGGCGGUGAUCCGGCUGGGCCUCAUGGAGAUGGUGGCCUUCGCUCGCAUGUUCUGCUCUGGGGACGUGAGCUCCAGCACCUUCCUGGAAAGCUGCGGAGUGGCUGACCUCAUCACCACCUGCUACGGAGGGAGGAACCGCAAAGUAGCUGAGGCCUUUGUGCGCACGAGGAAGUCCAUUGCGGAGCUAGAGGCAGAGAUGCUGAACGGUCAGAAGCUGCAGGGCCCUCAGACAUCUGCCGAGGUCUACAAGAUCCUGCAGAAGAAGAGCCUGGUGGAGAAAUUCCCCCUGUUUGCAGCCGUGUACCUGAUCUGUUUCGAGGGCAAAGCCGUGGAGGAGUUCAUCACGUGUCUCCAGAGCCACCCGGAGCACAUGUGA